GCCGUUGUUAAGUCGCGUCCGACUCUUGGUGACCCCCAUGGACCAUAGCAUGUGAGCACCCCCCGUCCUCCACGGUUUGCCCAAAUUCAUGUUCAUCGACAGCACUAUCCGCCGUUCCCGUUUCCUUUGGCCUUCCCUCUUUCCCAACAUCAGGCCCUUCUCAUUUGGUGGCCGAAGUGUAUUUCAGCUUCAGCUUCAGCAGUUGCCCUUCCAAAGGUCACGCAGGGUUGGCUUCCUUUCAGGAUUGACUGACGGGAUCUCCUUGCAGUUCAGGGGGCUCUCAGGAGUCUUCUCCAGCACCACGAUUCAAAAGCAUCAAUUCUUGAACACUCGGCGGUCCUUGCGCUACUUCCCUUCCAAAGUUUCACGGGCUUUAGCAAUAAUUUCCGAAGUAAUUGCCAUCCCAAUCUCCACUCUUCCGUUGGCUGGAUUCACCGACUAUCCCAUAUUGCACCAAUGACUUUAUCAUUUAGGCAGCGUGGACUUCAACUCCCAAAAUUCCCCAGCCAGCCCGCCCGCCCAAAUCAAGAAGUAUACGCCGCUGCAGAAGAGGGGAGUCUUUCUUUGUGCCUGCUGUUUAAAGUUAUCUGUCUCAAAGACAGCCUUCCCUAUACCACCACCCGGACAAAUCUGGGCAUCGCCCCGAAACGAAGCGCGGCUCUUCCCAGCUUUAACGAGAGGCCCGCCGGUCGCUUUGACUUGAACCAGCGGCCAAGGGGCGGGGCUUCGGACGAGACAGGGGCUUCCCGGUUCCAAGGCGCAUGCGCGGCGGCCAACGAGAAGCGGCCAGGGCGGAGCGAAGGCCUCUGAGGACAUAGCGCGCAGGCGCCACCCGGCGGGGCAGGGAGCUUCCGGCGCAUGCGUCGUGGUUGGUGUCGCUGAGGCGAGUGCACGCGGUGGCGACGGAGCUGAGGGCUGAGGGAGCGGCGGUGGCGGCUUUGGCCGGCCCAUUCUCAGCACCAGGAUGUUUGAAGAGCAAGAAGAGGCAGGCAAUCUUCUGACAGACAGCGAGGAAAGUGUCUAUUCUGGACUGGAAGAUUCUGGAAGUGAUAGCCUUACAGAAGAGGAGGAAGACCAGGAUCAUGGAGCUGAGGAGAAGUCAAAAGGGAAGUUGCACUCCAGAAAUACUCAAGCUGGAGAAGCAACGGAGUUGUGUCCUAAAAUCAGGAAUACAGCAAGAGAUCAACAAGAACCUCCCUUGCAGAAUGAGUAUGAGGAAGACAGCUCUGAUGAGGAGGACAUCCGCAACACGGUGGGCAACAUCCCCAUGGAGUGGUACCAGGACUUCCCGCACAUCGGCUACAACCUGGACGGCAAGCAGAUUUACAAGCCCAUCCGCUCCAAGGACGAGCUGGAUAGGUUCCUGGAGAAGAUGGAGAACCCUGACUACUGGCGAACGGUCCAGGACAAGAUGACCGGGGCAGAUGUGAAGCUGACGGACGAGCAAGUAGAGCUGGUGAACCGUCUCCAGCGUGGCCAGUUUGGGGAUGUGAAUUUCAAUCCGUACGAGCCGGCUGUGGACUUCUUCAGCAGCCAGGUGAGGAUUCACCCGGUGACCAACCGGCCCGCGGACAAACGGAGCUUCAUCCCUUCCUUGGUCGAGAAGGAGAAGGUCUCCAGGCUGGUGCACGCCAUCAAGAUGGGCUGGAUCAAGCCGAGGAGGCCCCGGGAGGACACGGGGAUCUUCUAUGACCUUUGGGCCCAGGAGGACCACAACUCCAUCCUGGGGCGUCACAAGAUGCACGUGCCUGCCCCCAAACUUCCCCUGCCUGGACACGAGGAGUCCUACAACCCCCCUCCGGAGUAUCUCCCAACUGAGGAAGAGAAACUCGCCUGGGAACAGCAGGAGCCUUCGGAGCGCAAGCUGAACUUCGUGCCCCAGCGCCAUGACUGCCUGCGCCGUGUGCCCGCCUUCCCCCGCUUCAUCCACGAGCGCUUCGAGCGCUGCCUCGACCUUUACCUCUGCCCGCGCCAGAGGAAGAUGCGGGUCAGCGUGGAUCCGGAGGACCUCAUCCCCAAGCUGCCCAAGCCCCAGGAUCUGAAGCCUUUCCCAACCGUGCAGGCCUUGGUGUAUCGUGGGCACACCAGCCUUGUGCGCUGCAUCAGCCUCUCUCCUACUGGGCAGUGGCUGGCAUCAGGUUCAGACGAUGGCACAGUGAAGUUCUGGGAGGUGUGCACGGCCAGGUGUGUGAAAACUCUCCCAGUGCAAGCGGCAGUGAAGAGCAUUGCGUGGAACCCCAACCCCACCGUCUGCCUGGUGGCCGUGGCUGUGGAGCAGGCGGUGCUGCUGGUGAACCCCAGCCUCGGGGACAAGCUGCUCGGUGGGGCCACCGACCAACUUCUGGAAGGCUACGUGGCCCCUGAGGAGGGCCGUCUGCAGCCCGUCACGUGGGAGGAAGCCACGGAGGAGGAGCACCGCCUGGGGGUGCGGCUCAGGCUGAGGUUUGGGAAGCCCUUGACGCAGGUGACCUGGCACGGGAAGGGAGACUACUUUGCCACAGUGGUGUCGGACAACAGCCAUCUGCAGGUGCUGAUCCACCAGGCCAGCAAGCGCUGGAGCCAGGCACCCUUCCGCCGGAGCAAAGGCCAGGUGCAGCGCGUCCUCUUCCAUCCGCUGCGGCCCUUCUUCUUUGUGGCCACCCAGCGCUUCGUCCGCAUCUACCACCUGCUCAAGCAGGAGCUGACCAAGAAGCUGCUGACCAACUGCAAGUGGGUCUCCAGCAUGGCUGUCCACCCCGGAGGCGACAACUUGAUCUGUGGCAGCUACGACAGCCGACUGGUCUGGUUUGACCUGGAUCUCUCCACCAAGCCUUACCGGGUGCUCAGGCACCACAAGGCAGCCCUGAGGUCAGUGGCUUUCCACCCUUCCUACCCGCUUUUUGCCUCCGGCUCGGAUGACGGCAGCGUCAUUGUCUGCCACGGCAUGGUCUACAACGACCUGCUUCAGAACCCGCUGCUCGUGCCGGUGAAGGUGCUGAGGGGCCAUGCGCUGGCCCACGAUUUGGGCGUCCUGGAUGUCCUCUUCCACCCCACGCAGCCCUGGCUUUUCUCUGCGGGCGCAGAUGCCACCAUCCGGCUCUUCACGUAGCCCUGUGCCCAGCUCCAACAGACUUGGCAGGAGAGUGGAAGCUGGGGGUUUCCGGGCCCACCGUGGGCUCCUUUCCCUGGGAGGUUGGAACUCUUGAUCCAGGAGAAGAGGAGGAGGAAGAGGCCACCGGAUCAACCUCAGACCUUGCAGGCCUCUGGCUGGAGUAGGGGUGGAGUGGGGGGGUGCUUCUAGAGGACUGGUUACUCAGAG